AUGGCCGCUCGACAAGUCUUCGCCCAUUACAUGGUCGGCCUCACAGACGGCCAGUCACAAGACCAAUGGACGUCCGACAUCUGCGCCGCGAAGAAUCUGGGCAUCGAUAGCUUUGCCGUCAACAUGACGGGCCCCACGGACACCUGGACGCUCCCUCAGCUGCGCAACGCGUACAGGGCCGCCGAGCCCAUUGGCGGCUUCACGCUGUUCCCGUCCUUUGACAUGCCAUGCUGCGGUGAUUGGGGCGUCCAGGCGGUGAUCGACAUCAUUAACGAGUUCAAGGUCUCCAGUGCCCAUACCGUGGCCGGUGACAAGCCCAUGGUGAGCACAUUCGGGGGACCCGCAUGUGCCAUGUAUAUCAGCGCCUAUCAGAUGUAUUUCGAUUCUUCCAAAGACCAUCCCAAACGCCCAACGCCUUGCCAGACUGCGGACCCAGUGGAACCAUAA